AUGGUCACUGGACGCGGUCAGAGUCUGUGGAUGCGGUCAGAGCGGUCAGAGCCUGUGGGUGCGGUCAGAGCCUGUGGGUGCGGUCAGAGCCUGUGGGUGCGGUCAGAGCCUGUGGAUGCAGUCAGAGCCUGUGGGUGCGGUCAGAGCCUGUGGGUGGGGUCAGAGCCUGUGGGUGCGGUCAGAGCCUGUGGGUGGGGUCAGAGCCUGUGGGUGCGGUCAGAGCCUGUGGAUGCGGUCAGAGCCUGUGGAUGCAGUCAGAGCCUGUGGGUGCGGUCAGAGCCUGUGGGUGGGGUCAGAGCCUGUGGAUGCAGUCAGAGCCUGUGGGUGGGGUCAGAGCCUGUGGGUGCGGUCAGAGCCUGUGGAUGCGGUCAGAGCCUGUGGAUGCAGUCAGAGCCUGUGGGUGCGGUCAGAGCUUGUGGAUGCGGUCUGUGGAUGCGGUCAGAGCCUGUGGGUGCGGUCAGAGCCUGUGGAUGCGGUCAGAGCCUGUGGAUGCGGUCAGAGCCUGUGGGUGCAGUCAGGGCCUGUGGAUGCGGUCAGAGCCUGUGGAUGCAGUCAGAGCCUGUGGAUGCGGUCAGAGCCUGUGGAUGCAGUCAGAGCCUGUGGAUGCGGUCAGAGCCUGUGGGUGCGGUCGAGAGUCUGUGGAUGCGGUCAGAGUCUGUGGAUGCGGUCAGAGUCUGUGGAUGCAGUCAGAGUCUGUGGAUGCAGUCAGAGUCUGUGGAUGCAGUCAGAGUCUGUGGAUGCGGUCAGAGUCUGUGGAUGCGGUCAGAGUCUGUGGAUGCGGUCAGAGUCUGUGGAUGCGGUCAGAGUCUGUGGAUGCGGUCAGAGUCUGUGGAUGCAGUCAGAGUCUGUGGAUGCGGUCAGAGUCUGUGGAUGCGGUCAGAGUCUGUGGAUGCGGUCAGAGUCUGUGGAUGCAGUCAGAGUCUGUGGAUGCGGUCAGAGUCUGUGGAUGCAGUCAGAGUCUGUGGAUGCAGUCAGAGUCUGUGGAUGCGGUCAGAGUCUGUGGAUGCGGUCAGAGUCUGUGGAUGCAGUCAGACCCUCUGGAUGCGGUCAGAGCCUGUGGAUGCGGUCUGUGGGUGCGGUCAGAGCCUGUGGAUGCGGUCAGAGCCUGUGGAUGCGGUCUGUGGGUGCGGUCAGAGCCUGUGGAUGCGGUCAGAGCCUGUGGGUGCGGUCAGAGCCUGUGGGUGCGGUCAGAGUCUGUGGAUGCGGUCAGAGCGGUCAGAGUCUGUGGAUGCGGUCAGAGCCUGUGGAUGCGGUCUGUGGAUGCGGUCAGAGCCUGUGGGUGCGGUCAGAGCCUGUGGAUGCGGUCAGAGCCUGUGGAUGCGGUCAGAGCCUGUGGAUGCGGUCAGAGUCUGUGGGUGCGGUCAGAGUCUGUGGAUACGGUCAGAGCCUGUGGAUGCGGUCAGAGCCUGUGGGUGCGGUCAGAGUCUGUGGAUGCGGUCAGAGCGUGGAUGCGGUCAGAGCCUGUGGAUGCGGUCAGAGCCUGUGGAUGCGGUCAGAGCCUGUGGAUGCGGUCAGAGUCUGUGGGUGCGGUCAGAGCCUGUGGAUGCGGUCAGAGCCUGUGGAUGCGGUCAGAGUCUGUGGAUGCGGUCAGAGCCUGUGGAUGCGGUCAGAGCCUGUGGGUGCGGUCAGAGCCUGUGGAUGCGGUCAGAGCCUGUGGAUGCGGUCAGGGUCUGUGGAUGCGGUCAGAGCGGUCAGAGUCUGUGGAUGUGUUGGGGCCUCACCUUGCGGCCCUCCUGCUGA